UAGAUGUCAAACAAAAAAGAGAAGAGAAAAAAAUAGCGGCGAAAAGUAGAAUUUUUGCAUAUUCGCAAAAAAAAAGAAAAAUUCUUUUCUUUAUAAUUUUUUGCAAACUAUUUAGAAUUUUAACAAAACUUUAUUGGUAGUAUAUAAAUAAACAAAAAAGCAACAGACUAUUAACAAAAACAAUUUGGAAAAACAGGAAUAUUUGCCGAAAAGCUAAAAAGCAAAUGUCAACUUUUAGCAAAAUCAAAAAAAAAAUUAACAAAUUUUAAAUUUAAUUAAAAAAACCUUUCCGAACAAGUAAAUAAAUGAAUAAUAAUUAAGAAGUGUGAAAUAAAAUUAUACUUGAGAAAAAAUGCUAAAGGGAAAAGGACAACGAUCCUUUGAGGAAGUAUGGCCUGAAAUGCGGAUUAUAGUAUUGAAGCUGCUGAAGCAGGAAACCGUAUCACAAGUUGAGUGGCAGGAUUUAUUUUAUGGCGUCCAUUUGGUGUGUCUGUGGGAUGAAAAGGGUGCUGCCAAAAUCUACGAUUGUCUGCGCAAUGAUGUCGUGGAGUUUAUAGCUCAUGCCCAGCGCAAGGUGCAGUCACAACGAGGCGAACACGCUUUGCUAACCACCUACAUAACUGAAUGGCGUAAGUUUUUUACACAAUCCAGUUACCUGCCUUUGCCUUUUCGCCAAUUGGAGCAUUGGUUUCAAUUGAAACAACCCUCCUCCAGCUGUUCAUCAACUUCCGCCUCAAGUUCCUCAGCAGCAGCUGCCUCGACAUCGUCGGCUGCCGCUUCCGCUGGCACUUCAUCAUCGUCGUCUUCAGCUAACAACAAUAAUAAUAACAAUAACAACAAAAAGAAUCCCACCGAAGAUAGUAUUGUUCGGAAAUUAAUGUUGGAUUCUUGGAAUGAGCAUAUUUUCAAAGACAUCAAAGAUCGUCUGCAGGAAUCUGCUAUGAAAAUCGUACAUGCAGAGCGAAACGGCGACGCCUACGAUGCCCAACUUGUAAUUGGAGUAAGGGAAAGUUAUGUUAAUCUCUGCUCGAAUCCCGAGGAUAAACUACAAAUCUAUAGAGAAAACUUUGAGGCAGCAUAUUUAAAGGCCACGACAUCAUUUUAUCGUCUCAAGGCCACAGAACAGCAGCAGGCGAAUGGCGUGCUGGCCUUUAUGAAAUAUGCCGAUUCUAAGUUAAAGGAGGAAGAAUCAAGGGCUAAGCGUUAUUUGGAGCCCAGCAGCUAUGCCAUAUUGGCACAAACUUGUGUUAAGGUUUUGGUAGGCGAUCACAUGAACACCAUUAUAGCCGAGUGUGCACCGCUCAUUAAAGAAUACGAAACAGAUCGUUUGAAUCUAAUGUUUCGUCUACUGGAUCGUGUGCCCAAUGGGGUGGAUACAAUGUUGCGUGAUUUGGAAAAUCAUAUUGUUUCCGCCGGUUUAGCCGAUAUGCUGUCCGCCUCUGAAAUUAUCACUCAAGACUCAGAAAAGUAUGUAGAGCGCCUGCUCGAACUAUUCACCAAGUUUAGUACUUUGGUUAAGAAUGCAUUCAACGAUGAUCCUCGUUUCCUAACGGCUCGCGACAAAGCAUUUAAGACGGUGGUUAAUGAUACUAGUGUUUUCAAGCUGGAAUUGCCCACGGGCAUACAAAAUCGUGGUGUAAAAUAUACAGCACCUGAGAGUAAGUGUCCAGAAUUACUGGCCAACUACUGUGACAUGCUGUUGCGACGUACUCCAUUGAGCAAGCGCUUGACAAGCGAACAAAUUGAUGCACGACUAAGGGAUGUGCUCUUAGUUCUGAAAUAUGUCAACAAUAAGGAUGUGUUUAUGCGUUAUCACAAAGUUCAUUUAACGAGAAGACUUAUAUUGGGUACUAGUGCUGAUAGUGAGAAAGAAGAAGAUAUUGUUGAAUGGCUACGAGAAGUUGGCAUGCCAGCCGAUUAUGUCAAUCGUUUAGCUCGCAUGUUCCAAGACAUUAAAGUCAGUGAAGAUUUAAAUACUCAAUUUCGUAAUUCAACUGGACGUCAUGAUGCCAUUAACAUUAAAAUUUUAAAUGCCGGUGCUUGGGCUCGUUGUUCGGAACGUGUCUCGGUUAGUUUGCCACUUGAAUUGGAGGACUACAUACCCGAUGUGGAAGAAUUCUAUAAGAAAAAACAUUCCGGCCGUAAACUGCAGUGGUAUCAUCACAUGAGUAACGGCACAAUAACUUUUGUUAAUAAUUUCGGUCGCUAUGAUCUCGAUGUCACAACAUUUCAAAUGGCUGUGUUGUUUGCUUGGAAUCAAAGGCCCCACGAUAAGAUAUCAUAUGAAAAUUUACGUUUAGCAACCGAAUUGCCAGAUCCGGAACUAAGACGUACGUUAUGGUCAUUGGUUCAAUUUCCUAAAUUGAAAAAGCAAAUUUUAUCCAUGGAACCCAAUUGUCCAACACCUAAAGAUUUUGCCGAGAAUACAUUGUUUUAUGUAAAUCAAGAAUUUGCGGUGGUUAAAAAUAAUAAAUCACAACGUAGAGGAAAGCUUAAUCUCAUUGGUCGCUUACAAUUAAGUACUGAACGUUCUAUACAAGAAGACAAUCAAUCUAUAGUUCAAUUGCGUAUUCUACGUGUCCAAGAGGCCAUUAUAAAAAUAAUGAAAAUGCGUAAACGCAUGAAUAAUGCCACUUUACAGGCCGAAUUAAUUGAUAUUUUAAAAAAUAUGUUCUUGCCGUCGAAAAAAAUGAUUAAAGAACAAUUGGAGUGGCUGAUCGAACAUAAGUAUAUGCGUCGUGAUGAUGACGACAUCAAUACAUUCAUAUACAUGGCUUAAGUAUAAUUUAUUCUAAUUUUAUAUAUUUAUAUACAUACAUACAUACUACAUCUACAAAGAGAAUCUUAAUUAAGAAUGCUCGAUAGUUUUAAUUUAAAUAUUAAUACAUAUUAAGUUUACUUUUAAUUUACUUAACACACACUUACACUCACUCAAAUGAGGAAAAGCAAAAGUAAAAUACCAUUAGAACAGCAAUAGCAACAUACAAAAUACAGGGAAGGAAAAACAAGAGUAUAAAAUUCAAAAUAAAAUUUAAACUAAAUGAUUAAUCAAUAAUAAUAACUUUAUGUAGUAUAAAAUAAUAAACCUAAUUGUAUAGAAGGAAGGUUUUAGUCUUGUUUCAAAUAGUAACGAAGAAUAUCAAUACAUACACUCAAAUUGGAAAUGUUUGAUAAAGAAGAUAAAGACAUCAAACAAGACUAAAAUUCAAGUUGUGAAUAAUUAUAAUUAUUCCAUAAACUUUAAUUUAAUUUUUAAAAUUCCAAAUUCAAUAUUUGUUUACUACUUCCAUAACAUACAACAAGAUUUUAUACUAUUAUCAAACAAACACCCUUCCUGGUUAGACGCAACUCACUCUGUAUUAUCCUACCCUUAACUCGAUAAGAAACUAAAAAUACGAAAACAAUUCUAAAGUAAUUAUGUAUCUCUCUCUCUAACUAUCUCUACCCACUCCACAUACAAUCAGUUCAUAAUUUAAGUUCCAGUAGUACAUAGUUAUAAUAUUAGUAAUUAUAUUUUGCCUAUUUUUUUUUAUUAUAAAACUACUUAUUAUACUUUAAUUCUUUUUUUUUUGUAAGAGUAAUUAGUUUUUUUUUAAAAAUUUUAUUAAUGUUUAAGUUGUUUAUUCAUCAAUUAGAUUUUCUUUUAUUAUUGAAUAAAUUUUAAGUAUUUGUGUAUUUAAAUUGUAAAUUAUAUAUAUUUUUUAAAUAUUUCCAUUUUUGCUUCAGCUUUUUAUCUACAAUUAUGGUUGCUUAUUUUAUUUCGAAAAAAAACAAUUAAAUUGUAAUUUUCUUGUUUUAAUUUAAUUUUAUACAUUUUAAUUUUUAUAAUUUAUACUGUUCAAUUAAAAAGUUUUUAAACAAACAAAAAAAUAAAAUAUGAUUUUAUUUUUUUUAUGCCUAACCAACCUUA